AUGGUCUCCAAGUCGAACCCGCAACCCGUCAAUGAGACCCGCUGGUAUUACAUGGGACCCGAUAACGAGUGCUACGGUCCAUACACCAACAAAGAUAUGACAUUUUGGACGCAAUCCGGUUAUUUUAGCGAGUGUCUUCCAGUUCGUACCGAAAAUGAGACUCAAUAUCACACGCUUGGUGAAUGGACAACGUUCUGUGGCGGAACUCUGCCUUUCCUCUUGGGUAACGUGCACUCGAUGGAGUCGUUUGUCCAACAGUUCAACAUGAGACCACAGGGGCCACCUGGGCCACCAAUGAUGAUUAUGCCGACUGGAGUUCCGCCAUACCCACCACCGGUACGAUUCCCGCACUCGUUUGUUACACUGCCUCCAAUUCAUCAUCAAAUGGGACCGAACGGUCAAACCCAGCACCAGAUGCACUCGCAACCGCCAUCGGAGCCAAUCGACGCUGGAAGCUUGUCUCAUACUCCGGAUAGCGAGAAGGAUAUUCGUGGUAUCGAGUUUCUUGCAAGCCAGCAAAGCAAAAACUCGUGGCUCCAAGAGCUCGGCCUUUUGCCGCGCAACAACGCGUUACACCAACAACAGCAAAUGCAGCGAAACGCGUACGUUCAGGAGGGACCGCAGAUGCAGCACGCACAAACGGAGACUGACAAGGCGAGCCUUAGAGAUAGCUCGACUCAGACUGAGCCGCUCCAGUUGUCGAAAGCCAAUGCGAUUCGUGUUUUGUCGGAGUUGUUCGGAUCGGCUGUCGUUAUCAACUAA